UUACAAUAGUAUUACAUGCCUACCCAACUUCAGCGUUUAGCGUUGAUUACAUAGAAGAUAGGUUACUUUCGGGUAGGAGUGGCGAGUAAAUGGCCGCUAUAGAUGUCGCCCUGGAGGACACUGCGGAAGAUGAGACCCUCGAGACCAGCUGACACGAAAUCCAAAUGACGCGUCGGAUGUCGCGGCUCUCGCGAUGUGUCUCCACGAUGUGCUGGACGGGGACGAUGAACGGGUGGAUGCUGUGCGUCGUCAAUUCGAAGAAGUUCUCGGCGUCUACUCCGUUGGUGAAGCAUGGGAACUGUUCCGAGAGGAUUUCCAGCUCUCCCCGCUUCGCGCCGCCAUGGCACUGAGAGGGAAUGUACCGGGCCUUACCGUCUCGGACGCGAAAUCCCUCUUGUUCAAGAUCAAAACGGCAUCGGAGGGGGCCGUGGAGGAUCAGGGACACAGGGACGCGGAGACUGGCACCGUCGAGGACGCGGCGGAACUGUGGUCCCGAUGAGUGCACCAGCCGGCAUCACCGAAGCAGAGGAUGUGCCACCCCGCGUCAAGUCGCGUGGUGCUACUGGCGAGUUCAAAACAAACUGGUCAGAGCUUGGCGGUAUAGACCCAUAUGCAUGCUGCAUCAGCGGCGGCAUCAGGGGGUGGUUCAUCGGUGCUAAGACUGGCAACAUCGAGAAUAUUAUCAACCACGUCAAAACACGCCAGCACAUGAUGGCGUGCAAGCAAGAGACACAGCGGCUCACCCAGCAGGGUGGCCUUGUCGCGCGGCCCAUGCCACCACCUGGAGUGCGAGACGUCAGCUGUGCCUGGCCACCUGACAUGCGCAUGCAUCUAUAUGGCAUGUCGGACGAGGCGGCAGAGGAUGAGUAUCAGCGCCUCUACAGCCAGUUUCAGCACAGGCGCACACGUCGGCGAGAGCAGCAGCCCAAUGCCGUAGACAGUGGGCGCCGCAUCUUACCGCGCACUUCACCCACUCCUGCACCUGGAGCGCGCACCGUUGGUCCCAACAUGGAUCCGGAGGCACAGCGCAUCGUCAGCCCCGACGUGGCGACAUGGAUAUCAGCGAUAGCGAGUCUGCACAUGAUGGCGUGCAAGCAAGAGACACAGCGGCUCACCCAGCAGGGUGGCCUUGUCGCGCGGCCCAUGCCACCACCUGGAGUGCGAGACGUCAGCUGUGCCUGGCCACCUGACAUGCGCAUGCAUCUAUAUGGCAUGUCGGACGAGGCGGCAGAGGAUGAGUAUCAGCGCCUCUACAGCCAGUUUCAGCACAGGCGCACACGUCGGCGAGAGCAGCAGCCCAAUGCCGUAGACAGUGGGCGCCGCAUCUUACCGCGCACUUCACCCACUCCUGCACCUGGAGCGCGCACCGUUGGUCCCAACAUGGAUCCGGAGGCACAGCGCAUCGUCAGCCCCGACGUGGCGACAUGGAUAUCAGCGAUAGCGAGUCUGACACUAAGCGUUUGUGAGAAGUCCCGCCAUCUAUUAGCUCGGGUACCAAAUCAGAUUUGGCAGCGGGAGCGGUCAAACUUUGCAUCACAUUACGAUUAA